GAGCUCCAUCCGGACGUCCGGUCACAUGACAGGAAAUGAGAGCGACAACCCGGAAGACGCCGCUGACAGGCCGGUUCCUAAGCAAUGGAUGAGCGCUAUUACACCAUCACGGAGGAGCAGGCUGCCGUGAAAGCCAAGUAUCCGGCUGUAAUAAAAAAGUAUGAGUAUCUGGAUCACACUGCGGAUGUUCAGCUACAUGCUUGGGGUGACACUUUGGAAGAAGCUUUUGAGCAAUGUGUGAUGGCAAUGUUCGGUUACAUGACUGAUAUAGAGACUGUUGAACCUAUAGAUACAGUGGAGGUGACAUCUGAAGGGCAUGAUAUGCUUUCACUCCUCUAUAAUUUCCUGGACGAAUGGCUGUAUAAGUUCAGUGCUGACCAGUACUUCGUACCCCGGGAGGUGAAAGUGCUGCACAUAGAUCGAAUGAGGUUUAACAUUCGUUCCAUAGGGUGGGGAGAAGAAUUCAAUUUACCCAAACACCCCCAGGGCACAGAGGUGAAAGCCAUUACUUACUCGGCCAUGCAGAUCUGUGAGGAGGAGAAGCCUGAAGUUUUUGUCAUCAUCGAUAUUUAACGUAAUAUAUUAAUAAAUAUCAGUGAUUCGCUCCCAUAAUACUCAGAAACAUCGCUGCUUUGAGAAGGACGAUCUUCUAGUGAAAGACUUUGUGCCUUACGCCAGGUAUUCCCAAUCACGGUCCUCAAGGCACACUAACAGUGCAGGUUUUAGUGAUAGCCAGGCUUCAGCACAGGUGACUUAAUUAGUACCUCAGUUAUUUUGAUUUAACCAUCUGUGCUGAAGCCUGGAUAUCACUAAAACCUGCACUGUUGGUGUGCCUUGAGGACCGUGGUUGGGAAUGCCUGCCUUACGCACUUAUUUAACAUGAGAGAAACACACUAACGUGUUCUGUACUAUGGAACAAACUUCUUGUAGCAAUUGUUGAUCUCUGUUGCUAGCACUGAAAUUGUGAAUAUAUAUAUUUGUAAUAAAUUAUUUUUGGGCA